UGGUCGACCGCCGAGUUGACGACCGUGCCGACGCUGCAAUUUGAAGGUGACACGCGUGGAAAAGACACCCUCAAGUCUUUCAUGCUAAGCAUUCCUGGCAUUCUUACUGUUCCUUAGCUGUGUGUUCUUACAAUGUGGCCCGCGUGGUCAGCCCACUGAGCACUUUACUGCGAAUCGUACAAAAGAUGUAAAUGCGUAGAACCAGAGUCAUUUGUUUUUGAACACUCGCCUCUGCAACAGCUGCGAUGGGGGAAAGCGAAGCUGUAGCCGUAUUUGCCAACCCGGCCCGGAAAGUAUUCUCAGCUCGAAGGACAUCGGCGAAAAUUAGUAGUCAAUUACCGGCCGAAAUUGCCGAUGACCCCGAAAUCGCGGACGCCCUCCGCUGUCUGCCGUCGAACUACAACUUCGAAGUUCCGAAAACGAUAUGGAGAAUCCGCCAGCUAGGAGCUCGCACGGUCGCGCUGCAGUUUCCCGAGGGUUUGUUGAUAUUCGCGCUUCCCAUCGCCGACAUACUGGAGAGGUUCACAGGCUGCGAAGUCGUAAUCCUCGGUGACGUGACGUACGGUGCCUGUUGCGUGGACGACUACACUGCCCGCGCUCUGGGCUGCGAGCUCAUGGUUCACUACGGCCACAGCUGUCUCGUACCCGUGGACCAAAUGAGCGGCUUGAAGAUGCUGUACGUGUUUGUGGACAUCAAGAUCGACGUGUUGCAUCUCGUGGAGAGUGUCAAGCGUAAUUGGAGCACCGACACUCGUCUGGCGUUCGUGAGCACGAUUCAGUUCGUGUCCACCAUUCAGUCUGUCGCUGCCGAACUGAGGAGUGACGGCUACGACGCCAGGACGCCGCAGGUUCGACCCCUGAGUCCCGGUGAGAUCCUGGGCUGCACCGCACCCAACGUCGGCGAUGCUCAAGUAGCCAUCUACGUCGGAGAUGGCAGGUUCCACAUGGAGGCUCUCAUGAUCGCAAACCCCGGUGUCAAGAUGUACAGGUACAAUCCUUACGACAAAACGCUGACAGAGGAAGGGUACGACCAUGCCACCAUGCUAAGGGUCCGUCGGCAAGCCAUCGAGAAGGCAGCCACGGCCGGUACCUUCGGCGUCAUACUUGGUACCCUCGGCCGUCAGGGAAACCCAAAGGUUGCCGACGGUUUGAAGGAGACCCUACUAACUACGGGAUGCCCGUCAAGGAAAGUCGUUUGCAUCUUGCUCUCAGAGAUAUUUCCCAAAAAACUGGAACUCUUCGAGGGCGUGGACGCCUGGGUGCAAACGUCGUGUCCGCGCCUGUCGAUCGACUGGGGUCUCGCUUUUGCCAAGCCUGUGCUGACACCUUAUGAGGCCAACGUGGCCGUGAGGACUACCGCUUGGAGAGAAAGCUAUCCCAUGGACUUUUAUGCCAAGGAUAGCCUAGGACCAUGGACACCCAACCACAAACCAUCUGUGCGAAAAUGUGACGAAAAGUGCCAGUGCAAACCUACCUCAUCGUGACAGCGUUAGUGAAAAGCUCCCAACUCCUACAUUGUAUGGCGUGUGGUCUCGCCAAACUUGAUUUGGUGCACUUCAAAUCACAGCUGGGUAUGAGAGCAUGGUGACGAAUAUGGCUGCUUUGUGUAAAUUACGUGCUACAGUCGAACCCGCAUAUAUCGAACCUACGCAAAACGAAUUAUUGUGUAUAUUGAACAGUUGUAUAAUCCCAUUGAAAUACUUUUUAUAACAUAUUUUAUGUAUAGAAUUACCUAUAUACCGGACUUUUUUUUUUAUCUCCUUCAGGUUCAGUAUAUCCAGGUUUGAAUGUAUAAUAGGAGUAAAUGAAAUUUGUAAUUUAUCGACACAAGUGAAACAGUAACCCAGACAGAGGCUUGCUAUGAGAAAAGAUAAUGAAGUCGAAUGUUUCAUUUUUUUUAGUUUUGCAUUGUAACCCCACCACCUGAUUGUGACUGUGAUGUGAUGGAUUUGUUUUUCUCGCAUUUCGGCCACAUUGACGAAAAUUUUGUGUAAUUUGCAACAUUAGGCCUCUGUGAUCAUUAGAACACAAUGUAAUCCAUUUUUACUGAUAAAAUAAUUAUGUAAGCCCUAGUAGAUGGUGUUGGAAUCCACCAUGUCACAGCUAAUUGGUGCAGGAAUCUCAAGGUGGCAGUGCCUUUCGUAUUUUCUUUUUGCAGGUUUUCUCACUUGGCACACACCCUCUCACAGCUUUUGGUAUUGUUAAGCAUAGGCGUGUGCAGGGUUCCCCAUCAGGGGGCGAAGGUUCAUCACAGUGCCCCCCCCCCCUACUAAGUCAAUGUAAGAGGCCGAUUUUGCCCCCCCCCCUCCUAGGUGACUAGGGGGGGGGGGCAACCCCUGUGCGCACACCUAUGUUGUUAAGGAGUAAUUUAGUAAUACGAGAAGACGUCAAUAUGGACCUCAACCUCUCCACAGCAAAACAGUUAGAACAGAAGUCUUUUUUUUUAAGUAUGUAAAUCGUUUGCUGUUCUUAGGUCAACAACAGCAAUGAAGGUCUAGCUCAAAUUGGUGUUCUGAUAGACAAGUAAUAUUGUGCAGAUACGCUCUGUGGCAUUUGUGAUCAACUGUGACGGCCAGUCUUAAUUAUUGUUUCUCCCUCUUAAUCGCCAUGGUAGAUUAGCACGUAAGGUGUAGUGCUGCUAAGCUCAAGGGUGCGGGUUCAAUUCCCAGCCAUGGGGGCCACUUUUCGAUGGGGGAAAAAUGCAAAGAACACCCACGUGCUUCGAUUUAGGUGCAUGUUAAAAAGCCUAAGACUGGUCGAAAUUAAUCCGGAGUCUUCACUAUGGUGUGUCUCAUAAUCAAAUUGUGGUUUUGGAAUGUAAAACGCCAGUUGGACACUCCUAAUGAAACUUUUAAAGAGUGUGCUGGGGCCUUCAGAAAAUUUAUUACUGUUACUACCGUAGUUGAACGUUGAAAUUACGAGUGUGGAUGUGAUGAAGUAAAUGUAAAGAGUACAAAUAUAUUCUGCCUGCGUAAGUGCAUAAGCUUGAAUGAAGCAUAUAACAAAUAUUGGAUUUAAUGUAGUGUCAGACGCAACCUCGUUAUAAUGGAAUUUGACCACAGGUCGCCCCAGAGAGCUGUACGGGCUUAGCAUCUCCGAUGGUCAAGGGGGCCGGGGGUAUGUAUGUGAAUAAGCUGUCUUUUUUAUUAGGUGUUAUUAUUUGUACAGCCAUCUGUCACAUUGAAUGGUACACUCAGAAAUAUAAUUUAGCAAGGUGCAUGUUUGGGCUAGUUGGUACUCCAUUUGAACAUCGAAAUAGCGCGAACUUCAGGGACGAAAGACAGGAGAAUGCGACACACACAAGCGCUAACUUCCAACUGAAUUUUAUUGAAGAAAACACAUGAAUAUAUAGGGUAACACCACGCCUGCGCAGCUUCAC